CUAUUUUUUAUAUCAUAUUUUAAAGAGAGUAAAAAAACCUCUCUCAUUUUCUCUGUUUCGCACACUCCCACUUUCUUCUCAUUGUCUAAUUCAGCUAAUUUUUUACAACGCCAUUAGAGCUGCCUUUGUUCCUUCUGUGUUCUUCUUCACCCCAAAAGUGUAGAAAAAAAAAUGUUUCUCAAAGUACAGUUGCCCUGGAAUGUGAUAAUCCCUGCUGAAAAUCUGGAUGCAAAAGGAUUGAUGCUCCAGCGGGCAAUUACUGUACGCCUGAUGGAGAACUUUGCUACUAGAAAGGCCACUAAGGAUCUUGGAUAUUUUCUUGCUGUCACUACUCUGGAGAGCAUAGGAGAGGGUAGAGUUAGACAGCACACUGGAGAUGUACUGUUUCCGGUUGUUUUUAGCUGCAUCACCUUCAAGCUUUUCCGAGGAGAUGUUCUAGAAGGCGUUGUCCACAAGGUGCUGAAGCAUGGGGUCUUCUUGAGAUGUGGACCUGUGGAAAAUAUUUAUCUCUCUUGUCUGAAAAUGCCAGAUUACAAGUAUGUGACUGGGGAGAAUCCUGUCUUCUUGAAUGACAAGCUGUCAAAGAUUGAAAAAGAUGUUGCGAUCCGUUUCAUUGUGAUUGGAACGAAGUGGCUGGAGGUAGAAAGGGAGUUUCAAGCAUUGGUCAGUUUGGAGGGUGAUUAUCUAGGGCCAAUUUCUUAGUGUUGGUGAUACUCCCUUUGCAUGUGUUUGGUUUAUACCUUUAACUAUGUGAACCUUGUUGAUGUUUUCUUAGCUACUACUUAAGUACUUCAAUUAACCAUUUCGAACUUUGGUAACCAAGUAUCUGGCAUGUUAAUAUAAUGUUAUCAACCUGUGCUUUUCAUCCA